GUGCUGGUGUACAGGGAGGGCGGAGAAGCUAUCACAGAUUUUCAUAUGGUUCUGGCCGCUCUCCAGUCUUCUCUUUGCUAAUAAGUAUUUAGUUCUGCUGAACGCGGCCAUUAGAUUAUAGAACUGUGUGUAGUGUGUGUGUGUAUUAUAUGUGUGUAGCAGUCUGUGAUAAUUUUGAUUGGCCAACGGUACACGGUUCAACAUGGAGUACGUAGAUACUGCCAAAAAUGAUAACAAUGACAGCUGUUGCAAUUCAUCCCCCUGUUCAGAACUGACAUCAAAUCCAAAGUCUACUGAAAAUUUAACAACAGAAACCAAGGAAUCAUUAACAGAACAUGAAACAAACAGCAAAUCACAGGAUGCAGCUGAAAAUAAUUUACAACAACAGUUACCUAUGGAAAAUAUAAAUUUUACAGUGGUUUAUAAUAAACAGAAAAUUAGUGUAAAUUUUGCUCUAGAUAGUACAGUUGCUGAACUGAAAACACAUUUGCAAAAAAUCAUUUCAGUACCACAAGCAAUGCAAAAAGUUAUGUUUAAAGGAUUAGCCAAAGAUGAUCAGACUCUUAGGAACUUGGGAGUAACAAAAGGUGCCAAAGUCAUGAUAGUUGGAUCAAAGUUAGAUGAUGUAUUGGCUGUGUCAAUUCCAACAAAACAAGACCUCAUUGAUGAAGCUGUUUCUUCAGUGAGCAAAGAACCUCUAUCACAACAAAAAAUACAUAGGAAAGUCUUAGAUAAAGGUAUCCCAGAAGAUGUGAUGCCAGGAAUAUUAGAUAGCAAGGAACCUCUGCCUGAAUUUCCAUUAGCUGGAAUGUUAAACAAAUCUGGGGGAAAAGUUAGAUUAACAUUUAAAUUGGAACAAGAUCAAUUGUGGAUUGGUACAAAAGACAGAACAGAUAAAAUACCUAUGAAUUCAAUCAAAGAUGUUCACAGCGAACCCAUUCAUGAUCAUCCUGAAUAUCAUAUUAUGGGAAUACAAUUAGGAACCACCGAAGCAUCAAGGUAUUGGAUAUAUUGGGUCCCUGCGCAGUACAUAUCUGCUAUUAAAGACGCCAUUCUUGGCAAAUGGUGUUACUUUUGAUUGAUAGUGGCUCGAAAUUUCAAUGUCUGUAAGAGUAAAACUUUUAAUCGGGUGUAAACAAUGACAUAAAUACUGCUGUUACAUUGACACAAAAAUUGUCAGCUAGUCACACACGUUUCUAUCAGUAAGUAAUAAUUUAUUCUGAGUUGCGCAUUAUUAAGAACGCCCAAUAAAUGUAGUCUAUUUCGCUAAGAAACUAAUUUAGGUGACUAGUCUUGAUUUGUUGGGAAAAAAGAUGCAAUUAUACUCUGACAAUUUUUCGUAUUUUCAUAUAGUCAACAUUUAAGUAUACCCUGAAUUUUUCUACACAACUGUGUGAAUGUAAGUUAGACAGUUUUUUUUACAUAAAAACUGUGAUUAGUGAAACUUCCAUGAUUAAAAAUAUAUGUUGUGAUAAUAUUGUAUGUUUGACUACAAUUAAAAUUUUUUCUUUUUAUUGUUGA